AUGCUCAGUUUCUUCAACAUCACUUUAUUCUUUUUAAUGAGUGAGUUUUUCCAGACUAAAAAAAGUUACGAAAAGUUCCAACCGCAUAAUUGCUUGUUUUUUUCAAGUUUCCGUUCUCCCUUCUUUUUUUUUGAAAAUAAAGAAAAGAUCCCAAAACUUUUUCCAAAAAAAUUAUACAUUUCAUUUUUUAUACAUUUUUUCCACCUACUCUUUACAACCUAAUAAAAGUCCAAAAACCUUGUCGGCGAGAAAAAAUGCAGAAAAUCCAAUAAAGAAAAAUCUUUUUUUUUUUCGUUUUUCCCAUCCAUCCAUCGAAGAAGAAGAUGAAGAAAAAAGAGUUCUCUUUGGCACAUAUAAAAAUAUGAAUAUAUGUAUAUAUUUGAUCCACUGGGUUUGAACAGAAAAAACUCUCCGGGGAACUUUCAACGCAAAAAAAUCGGGUUUCAAGAAAACAGAAAAACAAGCAAACAAAAAUGAGCCAACAAAAAUAUAACUCAAUUUUUUUGGUGUUUUUUUAGACGGUGCCACAACAACUUCAAUUCAAAGACGAAGUCAAUUUGGAGAUCAAAAUGUGAUGAAACUUUAUCGAUAUUUAUUGCAUGAUUAUAACAAUGAAGUUCGACCAGUUGUUCAUCCAAAAACUCCGAUCAAUGUGACUUUUGUAUUUUCGCUAACUCAAAUUAUUGAUGUUGUAAGUUGUGUAUCUAAAAAUAUAUGAGAUGAGAAAAAGUACACAUUUUUUAAUUAGUCAAAUUUAUCGCGAUGUUUAUAGUUCAUGUGAUGAAUAAUUAACAAUAGGAUGUUAUUAUCUGAAUAGGUUCAAUCAACGUUCAGAAAUCAAGCAGGCAAUUUGAGAAAGAUACAUUUCAACUUUUAAACAUUUAGAGAAAAAACUCAGAUCUGAGGAAAAAGAUGCAAACUUCAGUAAUCGAACACUUUUAUGGUUCAAUAUAGAAAAUUUUUUAUUUUAAUUUUGCACAUGAUGAAAUUCCAGAAGUUUCUAAAUUCCCUGAAAGUUUAUUUCUCAAACUUUUCAGUUUCAAAAUUUCAGAAAAAAGAACGAAAUGAAUUUUUUAAAUUCUGAAAAUUUGGAUCAAAAUUUAAAAAAAUUUCAAUCUACAUUAACCCUAACCUUUCCCAGGACGAACGAAAUCAAAUCCUAACAACAAACUCCUGGGUUCGUCUACAUUGGCAAGAUUAUAAACUGGUAUGGGAUCCAUGUGAAUUUGCAAACGUCACAAAAAUGCAUAUUCCAAGUGACAAAAUUUGGAAACCUGAUAUUAUUUUGUACAAUAAGUGAGUUCAUAUAUGAAUUAGCUAAAUAAGUGUUUGUUGAUAUUUCAGUGCGGAUGCUCAAUAUACGAAAUCAGUGAUGUCAACAGAUGUGAUAGUUGAUUAUUUGGGAAAUAUUCAUUGGCCAUUGUCGGCUAUUUUUACGUGGGUUAUAUUUUCAAAAAAAAUUUUCGGCCUCAAUUUUUUUGAAUCAAAAAAUGUUCAGAUCAUCGUGCCCUCUUGAUGUCAAACAUUAUCCAUUUGAUCGUCAAACUUGUCUUUUAAAAUAUGCGAGUUGGGCUUAUGAUGGCACAAAAAUCGAUCUUCAUUUGAAAUCUGAAGAAGGAGAUGUCACAAAUUAUAUAACAAACACAGAAUGGAAUCUAAUUGGGAUAAAAGCCAAAAAGGAUUUUUCAAUCUACAGUUGUUGCCCCGAACCUUACCCAUUUAUUGAUGUUUUGGUAACAAUCGAAAGAAGAGCAAUGUUUUAUGUUUUCAAUUUAAUUCUUCCAUGUGUUCUAAUUAGUCUUAUUGCUUUGAUGGGUUUCUAUAUGCCAACAGAUUCCGGGGAAAAAGUCACACUUGGAAUCACAUCUCUUCUAUCAACUACUGUAUUUUUGAUGUUAGUUGCUGAAGGAAUGCCACCAACAGCUGAAGCAUUGCCAUUGAUUGGAAUAUACUACGGUGUUACAAUUAUGUUAGUCGCGUUGGCAACUGCGAUGACUGUAUUCACUGUUAAUAUUCAUCAUAAUGGAGUUCACGGAUAUCCAGUUCCACCGUUUCUUCAAAUUUUCGCUUUUCGGUAUUUGUCCAAAAUUUUAUUCGUGAGAAUUGAACCAUAUCAUUCGAUAACAGCGCAUGUUCGACAUAUGUAUCAGGUAGGAAAAGUGAUUUUGAUUUCAUUGUCAGUAAAAAAUAAUUCUGAAAAUGUUUUUUUUUCAGAAAGAGCAUCCGAAUGAGUGUAAAUUAUCAGCUGGACUUCAAAUAAAGCGCAUAAAUGAUUGUGAAGAUCAAUUGAGAUUAAGGAGAGAUGAAUCAUGUGAGUACUGUAUUAGAUUUUUGGGGUACUGUAUCUACAGUAAACUAGAGUAUUUCUAGGCCUCACAUUUUCUGAUAUUAGUACCUGUAUUACUGUAGAUAAACAAAAUAGAAGCCUCCAAAAAUUCACAAAAAAGUUCCGAAAUCUCUGUAGAUCAGAAAUAGUGCCUUCCACAGUAAACCAAGGGAGUUAAGGUUACUGUACCUUUUAAUUGUGGGGUACUGUAGGGGCUACUGUAGGUCUAACAUUUUCUGAUCUCAAGGUGGUGUAGCUAGUAUUACUGUAGAUACAAACUACAGUACCCCAAAAAGAUCGCGAUAAAAGUUUUAAAUAUUUCGUAGAUAAGAAAAAGUGCCAACUACCGUAAUCCAAGGAUUUUUGGGUUACUGUACCUUUGAAUUUCCAUAGCCCUUCUGUAGUUAGGAUUACUGAAAAAAACCAAAUUUCAAAAUUCGGAUAAUUUCCAGCAGAAAUCUUAGAUCUACAGUAACCCUGUUCAUUUCCAGCCAUCUCAAUUGUAUCUGCAAAUGUUCACUGUGAUCCGAAUGAUCGUCUUCUCAUCUCCUCUUCCUCAACUCCACAAAACACAACACCUCUCCCAUUUCGCGCAACUUUAUCAGCUCGAAAUACAGAUUCACCAAAAAAGAAAAAGGUAAGUCUUCAUUUUUUUUAAAUUCGAACUUAAUUUCCAAAUUCAUUUUUCUAAAUAUCGAUUUUUCAAUUAGAUUUUUGUCGGCUCGAGGAAUAGAGAAACAGAUGUUUCGCAUUUGGUCAGAUUUUUUUCAACUGUGUGGCUUUUGCUUUUUCCUAGAUAUUAUGCUAUGCUAUGCGCCUUUAAAUAUUUCUGAAAUUAAAAAAAAACAACAAAAAUUUUUCAGGUUUCAUUUUCAUCACUCAAUGAGCCGCCAACAGAUUCACCAAUUUAUGGAAGAAAAGUUGGGAGGUACUGUAUCUUAAUGUAUCCCAGAAAUUUAUCGAUUUUUCAGACAACACCGCGGCACAGAAAACAAUGAGAAUAAAAAUGAGGAGGGUGAUGAAUUUGAGAGAGAAUUUCUGCGUGUAAUGUCGAUGGUUCAUGGGAUAAUUGAGAGGAAUGAGAUGAGAGUUGCGGAGAGGGAUAAAAGAGAUGCGAUUGCGCUGGAAUGGCAACAGGUAAACUUCAAAGCUCUGUGAGGGAACGGGGGAAAUCACGGGAUUCUGAUCCACUAUUUGAAGUUAUUUUUGAAUGAGGUGUUGAACUUUUCGGAACAUGGAUUUGAAGUUUUUCGGAAUAAUAUUAAUAUUAGAAUUAAAGUUAUGAUUCAAAAAUUUUAAUUUAAAAAUACUGAAAUUGUCCGAAAAAAUCAAUAGUUCUGAAACCCGUCCCUGAUUUCUAACAAAAAAAUUUCCUUCUUCCUAUUCACAUCCAAACUCACUCACCACGUUUCAAAUCAAUCAAUAAAUCAUUUUCAGGUCGCAAUGGUUCUCGAUCGAUUCCUCCUCGUUGUAUUUUUGAUCGGAACUUCUGCUUCAACUUUUGUAAUUUUAAAUCAGCGGAAUCUUUUUGACGAAUAA